GACACGAAAGACAAUUAAGGCAGUUAUUUGUGAAGGCAGAAAUAUCUACCAAACACAGACGAAACGGAGAUCAAAGGCGAAGAGAUAUUGGCAAGACCAGUGGAACACUUUUACAAGCGGGCCCAGAAAAUCGGAACAUUUUUAACCGACUGUUUGGUGCUUGCAAUGUUUGGGUAAAGUGCCCUCAAGACGAAUUGAAAAUGUUUAAUGAUAUUGAAAGUGGACUAUACGAAAUGCUUAUUAUAGUAGACGAUAUUCUGGACGGAACGAUACUUCGCAGAGGACUUCUUUCUGCACACAUGGUUUAUGGAAUUCCGCUAACUCUGUAUGCUACACUACACAAGAUGGUUCUAAUAAUGAAAAAUGUACUCUGUUAUGCGGAAAACCGGGAGGACAUCGCUCUUGAUGAUUAUGUUACUUUAGGUAUUCGAUUCUUCACUGGACAAGGACUCGAAGUCUACUAUAGAGACAUCCAACAAUGUCCUACUUUUAACGAUUUUAGAGCACUAAUUCGUGCUAGUAAGUUCAAGGUUUUAUAAUUUUUGAAAUGGAGUCUCCUGUUUUAGAAUGUGCCACUGCUUUCGUAUGGGGAGUCCAAUGGUUAAAACUGUGCGCUAAAAACGAUAAAAUCGAGUUGAGUGUAGAUUUUUGUAACAAAAUAGGUGAAUUUCUUCAGAUAUAUGACGACUACAUAAAUUUGCAGUCCUAAGUACGCAACCGUUCGGAUUCUUUGCGACGAUCUUGAUGAGGGAAAAUUUAACUUUCUUGUAAUGCAUGCAAUUCACACCCAUCCCAACGAUCAUCGCAUUCUGAAUAUGUUAAAAAAAAGACCACUGGAUAUAGAAAGUAAGAAACUCUUUGUGGAGAUACUGGAAAGUUUUGGAAGCUUCGAGUACACGCGAAAGGUACUGGAAGAGUUGAAAAAUGGAAUUCUGGUCGACGUGGACGACAUGAAUGUGGGAAAAAAAUCGUGUCUAGAACGAGUUCUUCACGAUGUACUCGACAAUUUAGAAACGGAAAUUUAUUACGAUGGUUGCGAGUAAUAUAAACUUCGCGAUU